AUUUCAGUAGAAGAUUACAAGUCCUCUGCACUGUAAUAAAAAAACUAUGUGCAGGUAACAUCAUAGCUCACUCUUCAUAAAUUUAUAAAGCAUUCAUAAUACAACCAUACACAGAGCUUCUUAUUAGUUGUUAGCAACUUGCACUUAGUUAACUGCUUGAUCACUAAAAAUUCGGAUCAGCAAAAUGGGUCAUGAGGUUGAUUUGGAGUUGAGCACCAGUACUGGUGUGACCCCGGAAGUGAAAUCAGAAGCCUCGACUCCCGGGGUCUCAGCGCCUAGGACCCCGAAACGAAAGGCACCAGCUCCUAUAUCCAUACCUUCGCCAUACAUAAUAUCGGCUCCAGCUUCACAAGCGCAGACUCCCAGCGCCAGGGGAGCCCGGACACCGAGGUUCUUGACGACUCCAAGGUUCCUGACUCCUUUAGGGAGCCCGAUUAGGAAGGCUCUUAACUUUGUAAAACUCGACCCUAAAGACGCUUGGCUCCCCAUUACUCAGUCACGAAAUGGAAAUGCUUAUUAUGCUGCUUUUCAUACUCUGUCUUCUGGUAUCGGAAUCCAAGCCCUCGUGCUCCCUGUCGCCUUCACAUAUCUUGGCUGGACAUGGGCAAUCAUACUAUUGACACUAGCGUUUGUGUGGCAACUUUACACCCUAUACCUGUUGGUGCAACUCCAUGAAGACUUCGAAAAAGAAGUACGCUACAGCCGGUAUAUGCAGCUGGCAAACGCAGCUUUCGGUGAAAAGUUGAGCAAAGUUAUAGCCCUAUUUCCAAUUGGUUACCUGUCCAUGGGAACAUGUACGACGCUUAUCAUGAUAGGAGGAUCAUCAUGCGAGAGAUUUUUCCAGAUUGUUUGCAAUCCCAUGACAUGUAGCACGACGCCGCUGACUAGUGCAGAAUGGUACUUGGUUUUCACAAGUGCUGCAGUCAUUCUUUCUCAGCUCCCAAACUUGAACUCUAUUGCGGGUAUUUCUCUUGUGGGUGCCAUCACUGCCGUAGGUUACUGUACCAUGAUCUGGAUUACCUCUGUUGCCGAGGGCAGAAUACAUGGAGUGUCAUACAAUCCCACGCUCUCUGGCUCCAAGAUUCAGAAGAUUUUUGACAUCCUUAAUGCUGUUGGGAUUAUUGCUUUUGCAUUCAGAGGUCACAACCUUGUUCUUGAAAUUCAGGCCACAAUGCCUUCAAGUGAGAAGCAACCUUCACGAGUGCCUAUGUGGAAAGGAGUCAAGGUCUCCUACGCGAUCAUACUAAUGUGCUUAUUCCCUCUUGCAAUAGGUGGUUAUUGGACAUAUGGCCAGAUGAUUCCGGCAAACGGUGGGAUCCUGACAGCUUUAUACUUGUUCCACGGACAAGACACCGCAAAAGGCUUGAUAGGACUUAUAAACAUGUUCGUGAUAAUCAACGGAUUGAGCACAUUUCAAAUAUACGCCAUGCCAAUGUUCGAUGACAUGGAAUCAACAUACGUAAGUAGGAUGAAGAAACCUUGUCCCUGGUGGCUCCGAGUCAUUCUCCGAACAUUAUUCGGAUACUUCUGUUUCUUUGUAGCCGUGGCAAUGCCGUUUCAAGGAAGCUUUUCGGGUCUGAUUGGCGGGAUAUACUUGCCCGUGACAUUGGCUUAUCCAUGUUUCAUGUGGCUCAUUAUCAAGAAACCCAAGGUUUAUUCUUCAGUUUGGUGGCUAAACUGGAUUCUAGGUGUCCUCGGAGUGUGUGUAAGUGUGUUACUAGUUGCUGCGGGGGCUUAUGUUGUGAUUCACACUGGUGUCGAAGGGAGCUUCUUUAAACCUUAAUAACUAGUCAAGCUGGCUCAAGUACGUCUUGAGUAGUUGAGUGUAUUUGCAUGUUUGGUAUGUAUGUUUUGUCUGUGAUUGUGUAGUUUUGUAAUGGCUCUCGGCUGGGAUUUUUAUCUGGAUAAUUUGGGCUUACGAAGACGUAGCUUUUUAUUCACAAAUGGAAUAAAAAUGUGUUCAAGUGUC